GUAUAGCUUCCUGGAUUAUCCAAAUUUUAAUAAUUUCUGUGGUUCUCCUUAAUUCUAAUGCAUACCCACUUCCCUCACUAGUCCACCAAACCAGUAAGCUCUAUAUCUUUGUAAUCCUUGACCACUGAAGUCAUUCCUCACAGCUUCAGCCAUGAAUGACACAGUGGAUAAGCUGGUUAUCUUCUUAGCAAAGAGAGAUGGCAUAGACAAGCUGGUCAAGACUUUCCAGUAUGUCUCUAAGCUUGUUCAUUGGCAUGUUGAGACUACCCAUCCAGAUAUAGCUCAAAGAUUCAGGAAAUGGGAGGUAUCAUCUGGACUUAGUCGUAAAGCUUUUCGAACAGGUCGUUUCCUCACUGGCUUCAAUGCCCUCCGGCGAAACCCAGGCUCCACCUCAGCCUUCCGUUUCCUUGCUGUUCUUUCUAAUGCUGGAGAGAUGGUCUACUUCUUCUUCGAUCACUUCCUAUGGUUGUCGAGAAUUGGAGUCAUAGAUGCAGUUCUAGCAACAAAGAUGAGCUUCAUUUCAGCCUUUGGUGAGUCCUUGGGUUAUGUAUUCUUCAUCAUUUCUGACUUCAUUAUCAUCAAAAAGGGAAUUGAGGCACAGAGGAGGCUCCUUCUGCAGUCACCAGAGUCAAAAGAAGGAAGCACUCCAGAGAAAGAUAUGGAAAUUCUGAGGAAGAUUAGAGCUGAUAGGGUGAUGAGGUUGAUGGCUGUGGCUGCCAAUGUUGCUGAUCUAAUUAUUGCAUUGGCAGAUAUUGAGCCUAAUCCAUUCUGCAACCAUGUGGUCACACUGGGUAUUAGUGGGUUAGUCUCUGCAUGGGCUGGUUGGUAUAGAAACUGGCCUUCAUGAAGUAACCCAUUGGUCUUGACAUGAUGAGGUGAGGGACUGAGGCUGAAGGGAAGUAAUCUGAAGCAUCUACCAAAGCAAUUGUUGUUUUUUGUACUAUUGAUUCCAUGGUAAUUCAGCUUGUAAGAAACUACUUGUAAUACACAUUAAAUACGCAUCUGAUAGUUACACUUCUGAGGACUAAACUUAACUUUUGUAUGUGUUCAUUGUCUA